AGGAGGCCACAGAGACAAGUUGAGAGAGGUCGAAGGGUGGGCGAGGAGUUGUGUUGCACUUCCGGGUUGAGCGUUGUGAAGGAGUUUGCUGGGUGUAAAUAUGGCAGGUUCUAGUGAGUCAGGCUCAUCUCCUGAAGAAGAGAUGCAGAUCUCAUUCACCAAUCACACAUUCAUUGUACCAAAGAAAGAAAUCAACAUGUUCCCAGACAUGGGCAAGUGGAAGCGUUCUCAGGCUUAUGCUGAUUAUAUCGGGUUCGUUCUGACACUGAAUGAAGGUGUGAAAGGGAAAAAGCCCACAUGUGACUAUAAAACUUCCGAGCCAGUGGAGAAACUAAUUGUGCUCCUGAACACACUGGACCGAUGGAUUGAUGAAACCCCUCCAGUCGAUCAACCUUCCCGAUUUGGUAACAAGGCAUACCGCACUUGGUACAACAAGCUCGAAAAGGAGGCUGAAAACCUGGUUUCCACAGUGAUUCCCAACGAGCUGAGUGCUGCUGCCCCUGAGGUUGCUGUGUAUUUAAAGGAAUCUGUGGGUAAUCCGACAAGAAUAGACUAUGGAACAGGUCAUGAGGCUGCAUUUGCUGCAUUCCUCUGCUGCCUUUGUAAAAUUGGAGUUCUGAAAGUAGACGAUCAGCUUGCCAUUGUAUUUUGUGUAUUUGAUCGGUAUCUGCAGGUGAUGCGAAAGUUGCAGAAAACGUAUCGAAUGGAGCCAGCAGGUAGCCAGGGGGUCUGGGGCCUUGACGACUUCCAGUUCCUUCCCUUUAUCUGGGGCAGUUCCCAACUAAUAGAUCACCCGACUCUGGCACCAUACCAUUUUGUGGAUGAGAAAGUAGUGAAUGAACACCAUAAGGAAUACAUGUUUCUGGAGUGCGUCAGGUUUAUUAAUGAGAUGAAGACCGGCCCAUUUGCAGAACACUCCAACCAGCUGUGGAAUAUCAGUGCUGUCCCUGCAUGGUCUAAAGUUAACCAAGGACUGAUUCGAAUGUACAAGGCAGAGUGCCUCGAAAAAUUCCCAGUUAUUCAGCACUUCAAAUUUGGCAGCUUGCUCACCAUCAACGCAGUGGGGUCAUGAACUGAAGCAAAAUAGGCACCAGAAUUGGAGACAGUCUGGGAUUUUCUAACCGGCUGCAACAAAAAGAACUUCCACCAAAAAACAUGACUUUUUUUUUUCCUUUAGUACAAUUUAUUUUGGUUUUGUUUCAAGCUCAGACGUGGAGUGAAGUAGCUUGGAUUUUUAACGGGUGCAAAUGGACAUCAAGUGGCUCAGCUGUGGUCACUAGAGUUUGCCAGUCUACAUCUCUACAUCCAGCACAAUCAUCAAUCUGCACCUCAGGCAUGACAGCUCAAGCCAGUCUGGUAUUGGUAGUGCUAAAGGAUUAUAAAGAGAGAGGAAGCGAACUACAGGAAUGCUUAAAACUAAAAUAGAAUUAAAAUCGAAAAAUGUGCCUUUGAUUGGAAAAGAAUUUUGUGCCACUUAAAACCAAUGAGUGGAUUUGGGCUACUGACUUAAUCUAAGGUAGUUCUCAGUUUUCCCCCCACCCUAUCCUGCAGUAUAUCUGAUGUUGCUUGUAACAUAAUUUACUGGAUAAUCCAAUGGUUAUUUUUCAAUGUAAAUGAGUCAUUGAGAAGGGAAGCAUUCUGCCACUCUCCUUUGUUCCUCAGCACCCACUAAACUUCCUUGGCUAGUUUCAAUGGAUUUUAAUUGUCAGCUUUUAAGUAAGGAAACAAUUGCUGGUAACAGAAUAACUAAAUUUCUCCAUGACUGAUUUGGUUGAAUAUAUCCACAGCCUUCCAUUCAUAUUUAAAGAGUAAGUAUAAAUCUCAUUAGGCAAAGUAUUAGGCAAUGCAGUAUUUAAAGGAUGUUGAUAUUCUCAGCUCUUUCGUGUGUUUGUGUGUAUAUACGAGUAUCCAGAGGACAAAGCUUGGAGUGUUUCAUCAAUGAGACCUAACCCCCUCAAUGGAUUACACUCUGAUGAUGUUGUUACACAUAAUGAAAAAAAUAAAGAUUAAAGGGACAAUG